UUGGCUGUCGGAUACUGACGCGAGGCCUCCGGGACUGUGUUGGGGGGAGCUAACUGCGGGUUAGGGUGGGGUGCUGGGUGCAGGAGCUGCCAGACCGGAGCGCUCAGAAACAUGCUGAAGGCUCAGCGACAGCAGCUACAGCAGCAGCCUGAAAGAGGAGGGAGGCAGCAGCAGCAGGCGCGGCUCCCGCGGAGAAGGCACCCGGCGCCGAUGUCCCCGGCUCCGCGCUGCUGCAGACUGCAGUCUUGACCUGGCCCUGACCCCGACCUCUUUCGCCGUCCUCUCCUCUCCCGAGGUUCUGCGGGCUCCUCAAACGACGGCUCUACUCCGUCCCCACCCCACGUCUUCAGUUACUUCCUCCUCACGAUGGGAGAUGGGGCGCUUGCCUUAGGCUACGAGCCCUACAACCUGUCAUCUCCUUCUCCGGCCCCCGACGGGGCGGGCGGAGAGGCAGAGGCCGCGGCAGUGGCGGCAACUGCCGCAGCCGCCACGGCCGCCCGGCUGCUGGUGCCCGUCUCCCCCUCCUCUUCUCUGCUGACCUCGACGACGGCAGCGCCCGUGGCCCUUUCCCAGCAGUGGACGGCCGGCAUGGGCAUGCUCAUGGCCCUCAUCGUGCUGCUCAUCGUGGCGGGCAACGUCCUGGUGAUCGUGGCCAUAGCCAAGACGCAGCGUCUGCAGACGCUCACCAACCUCUUCAUCAUCUCGCUGGCCAGCGCCGACCUGGUGAUGGGGCUGCUGGUGGUGCCCUUUGGGGCUACUAUCGUGGUGUGGGGCGACUGGGAGUACGGCUCCUUCUUCUGCGAGUUCUGGACGUCGGUGGACGUUCUGUGUGUCACCGCCAGCAUCGAGACUCUGUGUGUCAUCGCCCUGGACCGUUACAUCGCCAUCACGUCCCCGUUCCGCUACCAGAGCCUGCUGACUCGGGCGCGGGCGCGGGCGCUCGUGUGCACCGUGUGGGCCAUCUCGGCGCUCGUGUCCUUCUUGCCCAUCCUCAUGCACUGGUGGCGGGCGGACGGCGACGAAGCGCGGCACUGCUACAACGACCCCAAGUGCUGCGAUUUCGUCACCAACCGAGCCUACGCCAUCGCCUCCUCCGUGGUCUCCUUCUACGUGCCGCUGUCCAUCAUGGCCUUCGUCUACCUGCGCGUCUUUCGCGAGGCCCAGAAGCAGGUGAAGAAGAUCGACCGCUGCGAGCGGCGCUUCUACAGCGGCCCGCGCCCGCCGCCCUCGCCCUCGCCCCCGCCGCUGCCGCGCUCCCAGGCGCUCCACCAGCCGCCCCCCGCGCCCGCGCUGCCGCCGUCGCGCGCCGCGCUCGCCAACGGGCGCCCCAGCAAGAGGCGGCCGUCGCGCCUUGUGGCCCUCAAGGAGCAGAAGGCGCUCAAGACGCUGGGCAUCAUCAUGGGCGUUUUCACCCUCUGCUGGCUGCCCUUCUUCCUGGCCAACGUCGUGAAGGUCUUCCACCGGGACCUGGUGCCCAACUGGCUGUUUGUCUUCUUCAACUGGCUGGGCUACGCCAACUCGGCCUUCAAUCCCAUCAUCUACUGCCGCAGCCCGGACUUCCGCAAAGCUUUCAAGCGGCUCCUGUGCUGCCCGCGGCGGGCGGAGCGGCGGCUCCACGCCAGCGCCGGGGAGCUGUCGCGCGGGGGCUCCGGGGCGGCCGCGGCCGCAGGCUGCGGCAGCUCCGCCACUGGCUGUGCCACCCCGUCCCCUGCCACCGCCUAUACGGAGCAGGGCGAGCUGCUUCCCUCGUCGCCUCACUACCUGGAGCCCUGGGCCGGCUGCAACGGCGGGGCGACCGGGGACAGUGACUCCAGCCUGGAAGACAGGGACAGCAAAGAUUCGUAUUCGGAAUCCAAGGGAAGAGAGGAUCUGUGUUUACUCAAGACCGAAAGCGGGUGAUAGUGUAUCCUUCGUCCCUCGUCCGAAUCAUCCACGUCAAACAGAAAAGCAACUCGGCAGUUGAACAGAAGGAAAGUUGAGGGCGGGGGGAGUAGUUGGAGUUUUGGAGUUUUCUUCUUGACUUCUGGGAGCAAGUGGGGAACGAUACCUGGUUCAUCUUUUCCAAUCUAAUUCUGCUCCUUCCUGACAAAGAUCGUGAAAGUGUUAGUUGGGUAGAUAAGUAGGACGGAGGAAAUAAAUACAGGAUUUAGGAGGAAAAGGAAAACCUUCAACUUGGUUUCCAAGCAUUAGCCAUGCUCAUCCUAUUCUUAGGAACUGGACCAGUCAACCAAAAAGUAAAAGAAAAUGAUUGUGUGGACAGUUUGAUAGGAGGUUUUUUUGGUUCCAUGAAAAGUUUUUUUGUCAUCAUUAUUUCAAAGUCUGAACGAUGACAUCUUUAAACAAAGCAGAGGGGAAAGGAUGCAAAAAAAAAAAAAAAAAAAAAAAAAAAAAAAA